AUGUCUUCUUCUUCUUCUUCUUCUAUUUCUUCGAAACGAAAUGUUGAGUUUCAACCUGAAAAUCCUUGUUACUGUGGGUUACCAUCUCGUAAUGAAGGACCAAAAUGCAAGUUCUGGGAAUGGUUGGAGCCUGAAACCCCUGAAAAUGAAGUCAAUUCUGGGAAGGACAAAAAAGAACCGUGCAAUUUAACCCUCAAAGUUUCUAUAUUGGAAAACGAGAUCAGCAUAUGUAAGAUGAAGAUGGAACAAGAAAAUUUGGUUGUUAGACAAGAGUUUGAAAAACUCAAAUGGAAGCUAUUUACUCAUAAAGUUGUGAUGAUUGUGUUGUUUCUGUUGUUUGUGUUUAAGAAGUAGUUUAGCCCUUAAUUUAACCCUUAGUUUAGCUGUAUUCAAAGACUAAAUGUAAUCCUUAAUGUUGUAAUUUGUUUGAUGUAUUAUGACUAAAUCUUUUUGAUUAAUGAUAGUUUGAUGUUUUGAGUGCU